UCGCUGAUUUUGAUGAAUGUGUAAGAGAGGAAGAAAGAGAAAAAGGGUAAAGAAAAUAGAGUGCAGGAAGGAACAGAGUACAGUGGUGUACUGCACAAGUUUCACACCUUUGUUGAUAUAUAGUUUUUCUUCUUUUGGAGUACUCAGCUCUCAUCUGGGAAGUUUUCUGAGGAGAAAACCAGUAAGAGGUGGUUUCUUUGGAGGGAGCUGAGAUUUUGAUAAUGCUGAGGAAGAGGAGCCGAUCAAUUCAGAAAGAUCAAUACAAGGGUCAUCUGAUGUCGGAUUCUGCUUCAGAGACUCGCGAUUUUCUGGGGCAGAAGCUCAAAAGCGGUUCCUUUUUCAGCGUCCCUGGUUUGUUUAUAGGGUUCAACACAAAGGGUUCAUCAGAUUCUGACUCUGCUAGAAGCCCUACUUCUCCUUUGGAUUACAAGGUUUUUGCAAAUUUAGCUAAUCCUUUUAGGUCUCCCAGAGCAAGUCCUGAUGGUCCUCAAAAAAGCUGGGAUUGCAGUAAGGUCGGCCUUGGCAUUGUAGAUUCUCUCAAAGAUGAAGUCAAACCAUUUUCUAAGGGUCCUAAAACUUCGGAGAGUAAGAGUAUUCUGUUCGGAUCGCAGUUCAGAAACCCUUCUUCCCCAAAACAUCUGUUUGAUUCGGUUGAUUCUUCUCUCCCUAAGGUCCAUGCGGUUUCUCCAAAUUCCCAGCUUGAUUCUCCCCGUCUGCAACUGGACAACUCAGAUAAUGUGUUUAGAGUCGGAGAAACCCGAUUACAACCUAAGCCUUUAGGGAAAGUGAGGUCUUGGUUGUUUGAUUCUGAUCUCUCUGCAACGUCUCUGAAUAGCUUAACAUACCUUAACACCAAUUUGAGUUCUGAAGAUUUAUGGGUUGAAAAGAAAACUGCCCAAGUUAAUUCGCCUUCUAUAAUCAAUGGAGGCUCAAAUUUUGACAAUUCUUUGGUCAUGAAGCCGAGUUCGCUCCCUGUAUCCUUUGGCUCUGACGUAGGAAUUAUGGGGUCUCUCUCUGCCCGUGAGAUAGAACUAUCGGAGGACUAUACUUGUGUAAUUUCUCAUGGUCCAAACCCAAGAAAAACUCACAUUUUUGGUGACUGCAUUUUAGAAUGUCAUGGUAGCGAGUUAACUAAUUCUAAGAAAGAAGAGAGAGUGAUGGAAUUUUCACCGAAAGUUAAAUGCUUGGAUGGUUCUGUUCUGUAUCCCUCUGAUGAUUUUUUGAGCUAUUGUUGUGCUUGCAAGAAGAAGUUGGAACAGGGGAAAGACAUCUAUAUGUACAGAGGUGAGAAAGCAUUUUGCAGUAGCAGUUGCCGCUCCCAGGAAAUUUUGGUUGAGGAGGAAAUGGAGAAAACUGUCAAUAAUUCCUCUGAAAACUCUCCUGGAUCUACCUACCCUGAAAAAAUAUUUCUUUAGGGUAUGGUUGUAGCUACAUAACGGCAUUGAAGGUUAUUUCCCCUGCCAACAGGUUCACGAUUGAUGAAAUCACAACAAAGGUAAACUCUUCGAUCGUCCGUCUAUCAAGAGCUGUCAAUGUGAAGCGUUUAGCAGCCAUGGAUGAUCGUUAUGUACAUUGCUUUGUUUGCUGUGAUUGUGUUUUAGCUUUCAUGGUUUGUCUGGUUAAGGAUGGUGGAAGCUAGUUUUCCCGUUGAUAAUUGGGACAUUGAUAUAUGAUGAGAUUUAUAAUUUUGAUUAGAUAGGGUAGAAGUUGAUGUCCUGGCUCCCCACCUUUUCUGUUUCUUCAUUUUCUCUUGGCAGGAGAUGUUGUAUAAGCCUCUUAACUUGAGAAGUUCAUGAUUGAAUAUAAGCUGCUUUAGAUA